AUGUCAAGGACCGGGCUAGCUUUGUUCAUCGUUCAAACAGAGUCAUCCGUCACUAGUACUACAAUUGUUUCUAUCACGAAUGAUUUGGGCGGAUUUCAGGGCAGUUCGUGGGUCUUCACGGCAUAUCUCCUGACCUACGGAGGCUUUCCUAUCAUUAUUUCAAGACUCUCCGAUAUCUUUGGGCGGAAACAAGCCUUGUUAGCAUGCCUUCUCAUUUUCAUCGUCUUCUCGGGGGCAUGCGGCGCUUCGCAGUCUAUCCUGCAACUCAUCAUGUUUCGGUGGAUCAAAGGGAUAGGCGCUAGCGGGAUCACCGCAAUCGCUACUCUCUACGGGUUUGAGCUCAGACCUCCAGACAAAUGGGCUAGUUACGGAGCCAUUAUCAGCUUCACCAUAACGAUAUCGUUGGCGGUCGCACCCAUCAUAGGAGCUGCUUUCGCGCAAAUCGGCCAAUGGAGGUGGGCAUUCCUAAUGAAUGUUCCAAUAGGGGUGACGACAAUCAUUAUACUGUUAUUUGCUAUGCCAAACAGGCUUGUACUUGAACCAGCGGCUGCGCCCCCCCUUCGAGAUUCCGCUGGGACCACUCUUAAGCGGUAUCACAGCUUGUUUCGGCUCGACUUUCUUGGAGUCUUCACGCUCCUGGGCGCUUCUGUCUUCAUAACUGCCGCACUACAGCAGGCCGCCAAAGGGGAGUCUUGGGAAUCGGCCCAGGUGCUUGCUCCUCUUAUCCUAGCACCAAUUUUCCUACUAGCAUUCUUGCUUUGGCAGUGGCGUGUAACGUCCCAGGACAAAGGCAUCAACCCCAUACUUUCGUGGAAUCUCCUUACCAAUAGAAUAUUCUUAUCAGUGAUGGCUAAUUCAUGGCUGGCCGGUGCCAUUAUGACCGUUACCAUUAUUCAAAUUCCGCAGCGUUUCGUCCUCGUAAACGGCCUCUCGCCUAUGGCCGCAGGAGUUCGCCUUCUCCCUUUUACCACGGUGAUGGCAUCCUCGUCUGUCUUAGCCUCCAUCAUUACUAGCAAGGCCAAGAUUCCCGUCGUCAAUGUAUUGAUCUUCGCGGGUCUUCUCAUGAUUGCUGGGACUGUAGGCCUCUCCCAAACACCUGUCUCCCCAGCUAUAUGGGGCCCACAGUACGGAUUUCAGAUCUUAGCCGGGGUUGGAGUAGGAAUCUUCAACGUGAUGGUGAUUUUGCUCCCGCCGUACAUUGUUGAGAGGCAAUAUCUCGCUGUGGCCAAUGGAGCAAUGAUUCAAAUGCGCAUUCUAGGCGGCGCUCUCGCACUGGCAAUCACCACGUCUGCAGCCAGUCCCUCCCUUCGGCACAAUCUUUUGAAAGUUCUGAGUCCGCAAGAAGCCGCAACUUUCUUGGAUCGAACAGAGACUAUUGCUAUACUCUCGCCAACGAAGCAAGCUGCCGUUCGCGAGAUUAAUGGCAAAUAUUAUGAUCUUCAGAUGAAUGUUAUGAUUGGGUUUGCAGUGGCAUCGGUGUUUUUUAGCGUACUACAGUGGCAGAAAAAGCCAAUCAUCCUCAAGGGAUAA